CUCAAACAUUACAAAGAGUGGCCUUGACAAUUGCCAGAGAGUUGAGGCUGUUAAGGAAUUGAGAUUUUCCAUGGAUGGGACUAUUGUUGGAAAUGAGUUUGUCCAUAUAGAGAUAAGCAAAGAAAAAUCAUAACAGUUUGUACAUACCAGUACACAUUUUCAGUAAAUAUUAAAUGGGUAGUCUUGAGAGUAGGAAUUAUAAACAGCAAAAGUUGAAGCCGCACUUUGAGCUUGGAGAGGGACGAUCCCUGCCAACCUUUUCCUGCGGAAGAAGUUACUCUUUUUGAGGGGAUUUGCUGCUGUAGAGAGCUAAAUUGGACUCAGAAGACUUGCAGAAGUUAUCAAAUGAGUUGAAUAAAAUUUUGGUGGAACAGGGUAACGCCAUCACGAGUAGAUGGAUCGAAAUCUGACAUUCGGCUAUUAGAAAUAGAAGCUCUGGUGGGAGUUGAGACCAAUCUGCCAUUUGAUAUCACAAGUUCUGCAUUUACACUCAAACGUCUAUGCGCAGCAGCUGCAACAAUGUUAUUUCCUUUGGGUUGGGUGUGGUGGCAUAUACGACGAAGCCUCUCAAAUGACCUUUUGGGUUGGGCCAAGUCCAGUUAGAAAGUUAUUUCCUCUGGGUUGAAAACAAGACAAUGUUUUUUUCGUUCAAAAUUGAAACAUCGAAGAGCCGGAGGAGAACCUCCCUUGAACCCUGGAACCUAUGGAGAAGAAGCAGGAGCAACGAAGCGGCCAUAAAACCAAAAGGAAUGAAGGAAAAGUUGCUUCUUUGAAGGUAUUUGCUAGCAGUUCAAUCGAUGGAGACGAUGCUUCCAGCUUAGUUGGGAGCAUAAUCGAAAAGGGAAUUGUUUCGAACAAUGAUAUUAGUAAACCCAUUCAACCCCCUCGCCUCUCAGUGCUUCCUUUCCCUGUUGCACGCCACCGCUCUCAUGGUCCUCAUUGGACUCCAAGAAGUGAUAACAGAAAUGUUGUUGAAGAAGAUGAUGAAGAUGAAACUGGAUUUGCUAACUUUGAUCCUAUAUCGGUUUUCGCUGAACCUAUACGGAGGAAAGAGAAAAAGAAUUUGGAUCUUAGCCAUUGGAAAGAGGCAAUGCAGGGUGAUGAUCUUUCCCAGAGAAAGGGAAGGGAAACAAACCAGUCAGACGUAGGGAAAACUGAAAGACAAAUGAUGGAUGGAAAAGCCAUGAAAGAUCUAGGCAAUAAAAGCAUGUUGAGUAACUCCUUUGGUGCACAUGCAGAUGUAGCCUCCAUGGAUGUAGAAUCACAUCUAAAUGCCCAUAGGCCUUUAGCUAAAGCUGAAGAAGCCAUGAGGAGUGAAUUGACUGCUAGUUCAGUCACUGGAAUGGACCUAGAUGACUCACUUCAGUUACAAAAAGAAGAGCAUGUUAAAGAUCAUGAUUCUGAAAUUUUCAGUAAAGAAUCAGGAACGAUGGUUGUUGAUGGCCAGGUCAUGGUGAAAAGAAUGUGUCAUAAUGAUAGUGCCAAUGUGGAAUUCAGGAGAAUGGAGAAGAUAGAUACCAUGGCUCCAGAGCAAUUCCACAACUUAGGAAAUGGACGCGGGUCCAUGUCUCUUGAGAGCGAAAUUGAUGCUGAGAAUCGUGCCCGAUUAGGGAACAUGUCACCUGAAGAAAUAAAAGAAGCACAGGCUGAGAUUUUGCUGAAGAUGGAUCCUGCUUUGCUAAACUUACUGAAAAAACGAGGCCAAGAGAAAUUAAAGAAGCAAAUUGACACACACUCAAAUCAGGCUGCUGAGAGUCAACUUGGAAUUAGAUGUGAAAAUCAGUCAAACAAUGCUAUGAAAGCUCCAAAUAUAGAUAGCAAUAAUCCCACGGUCACAACAAGCUCAAACAUUACAAAGAGUGGCCUUGACAAUGGUGUAAAGCAGAACGUAGAUUCCGCAAGUGGCAGUUUGUGGGAUGCUUGGAGCCAGAGAGUUGAGGCUGUUAGGGAAUUAAGGUUUUCCUUGGAUGGGACUGUUGUUGAAAAUGAUUUUGUUCAGAUACCAGAGAUACGAGGUGAUAUUGUUGCUGAACGUGACUUCUUACGAACAGAGGGAGAUCCUGGUGCUUCAGGUUAUACAAUUAAAGAAGCAGUUGUACUCACAAGAAGCAUGAUUCCAGGUCAACGGGCCCUUGCAUUGCAUCUCCUUGCAUCUGUGCUUGAUAAGGCAUUACGUAAUAUUUAUCUCAAUCCAAUUGGCUCUACUCCGGCUGAUAAGGACAAUGUUGACAGCACUGUUGACUGGGAAGCUGUUUGGGCUUUUGCACUGGGCCCAGAACCUGAGCUAAUCUUAUCAUUAAGGAUGUCGCUUGAUGAUAACCACAAUUCUGUAGUUUUAGCAACAGCCAAAGUUAUUCAGUGCGUAUUGAGCUGUGAUAUAAAUCAGAGUUUCUUUGAUCUUUUGGAGAAAACAGCAAUUGACAUGAGGGGUACUUAUACUGCUCCUAUAUUUCGGUCUAAACCAGAGAUUGAUGUUGGUUUCCUUCAUGGUGGAUUUUGGAAAUACAGUGCUAAACCUUCAAAUGUUCUUCUUUAUGGAGAUAAUAUUGUGGAAGAUGAAACUGAAGGGAAGCAUACAAUUCAGGAUGACAUUGUUGUUGCUGGACAAGAUUUUGCUGCUGGUUUGGUUAGGAUGGGAAUCCUUCCGAGGAUUCGAUAUCUUUUGGAGAUAGAACCAACUGCACCUUUGGAAGAAUGCUUGAUUUCAGUACUAGUUGCAAUAGCAAGACAUUCCCCAAUGGGUGUGAAUGCUAUAAUGAAGUGCCAAAGAUUAGUUCAAACUGUUGUUCACCGAUUUACUGCAAAUAGCAAUAUGGAUGUUUAUCCAUCUAAGAUCAAAUCUGUUUGCCUUUUGAAGGUGCUAGCACAAUCUGACAGGAAGAACUGUGCAGAGUUCGUAGAGAAUGGGAUUUUCCAGGCUAUGACAUGGCAAUUAUAUAAAAAUGCUUACUCUUUGGAGCAAUGGUUGAAAUUGGGAAGAGAAAAUUGUAAACUUUCAUCUGUGUUAAUGGUUGAACAACUACGUUUUUGGAAGGUCUGCAUUCAGUAUGGGUAUUGUGUGUCAUACUUCUCCAACAUUCUUCCUGCCUUGUACUUGUGGUUGAAUCCGCCUACAAUUAGAAAACUGGUUGAGAACAAUGUUUUAGGUGAAUUUGCUUCCAUCUCUAUGGAGGCAUACCUUAUUCUAGAAUCCUUGGCCAGAACACUUCCAAAUUUUUAUUCACACAAAAUUCUAAGUGAUGGAAUAGCUGAAAGAGCUGAUGACAAUGUGGAGACCUGGUCUUGGAGCCAUGCCGGACCAAUGGUUGAUUUAGCUCUGAAGUGGAUUUCAUUUAAGUCUAGAUUAAUUGAUUCUCAGGAUGAAAUAAUUGGAAUCUCUAUUUUCCAUGAUAAAUCUUCCUCUCCUUUAUUGUGGGUAUACUCAGCUGUUAUGCACAUGCUUUCCAGAGUGCUUGAAAAAGUGAUCCCUGAGGAUGCCAUGGGCCUGCAAGAUGAUGGUUAUGUGCCAUGGUUGCCAGAUUUUGUUCCUAAGGUUGGACUUGAAAUUAUUAGAAAUGGUUUUUUGAGCUUUACACGUGUGAAUACUGCAGAAUAUGGAACUAAUCUGGCUGCAGGUAGUUCUUUUAUCGAGCAACUCUGUUCUUUAAGGAAGCAAAGUGUAUUCGAAACAUCAUUUGCUUCUCUAUGUUGCCUUCAUGGCUUCUUCCAGGUUUUUAUAUACAUUAACAAUUUGAUCCAGUUGGCUAAGACUGUGGUCUGUAAUCCUUCUCAAGCAUGCAGUUUAUCACAAGAAGAGAACAUACUUGCAAAGGGGAUACUGGUGGAAUCUUUGUUUGAAUUGAGAUGUGUGUUUGAUAUUUUCUCAAAGUUAGUUGCUUCAGAGUGGCAAAUUGUGCAGUCAAUUGAGAUUUUUGGUAGAGGAGGCCCUGCUCCUGGUGUGGGGCUUGGAUGGGGAGCCUCUGGUGGAGGAUUUUGGUCAAAAUCUGUUUUAUUGGCACAAACAGAUGCAUGGUUGCUCAGUCAAUUGCUUGACAUCUUCCAGACUGUCUCUAUAGAAGUAUUAUCCUUAGAUGAUGAGAGGACCUUUACCAGAGAAAUAAUCCUUUCAGCUUUAGGAUUAUGUUUAAUUUCUGGACCAAGAGACAAGGUUAUUGUGGAGAAAGCGUUGGAUGUUAUGCUUCAAGUACCUGUGCUAAAGUACCUUGACCUUUGCAUUCAGCAUUUUAUCCAGGGUAAUGGGAGGAUAAAAUUAUAUGGGUGGGAAUAUAAAGAAGAUGACUAUAUGCUCUUCAGUGAGAUAUUAGCUUCUCACUUUAGAAAUAGAUGGUUGUCUAAUAAGAAAAAAUUGAAAGCCUCAAGUGUCGAUAGAACAUCAAGGAGUAACGCUUUUCUAGAAACCAUACCAGAAGACCUGGACACAUCAAUGAUGAGUCGAGAUCAAAACUGCACUUCAUUGAUGAUGGAAUGGGCCCACCAGAGACUGCCUUUUCCAAUGCACUGGUUUCUUAGUCCAAUAUCAACCUUAUGCGAUAGCAAACAUGCUGGGCUGGGAAGGGUCUCUGAUAUACAAAAUAUUGUGCAGGACCCUGGUGAUAUAGUUGAACUUUCUAAAGCUGGAAUGUUUUUCCUUUUAGGUUUGGAAGCCUUGUCCACUUUCUUAUCUGCAGAUGUUGUUUCACCCAUUUGGAGUGUUCCAGUAAUCUGGAAACUACAUUCAUUAUCCAUCAUAUUACUCAUUGGAAUGGCUGUGCUUGAAGAUGAGAAGACUAGGGAUGUUUAUGAGUCUUUGCAAGAGCUAUAUGGACAGCUUCUUGACGAGAUAAGGUCUAAGGGAAGAAGUCAAACUAUUUCAAAUAUGUCUACCAGUUUAACACCAGAGACAGAAAAUAAAAUUAAUGUGGAAUUUCUGAGGUUUCAAUCAGAGAUUCAUGAAAGUUACUCAACAUUUAUUGAUACUCUUGUUGAGCAGUAUGCUGCUGUAUCUUUUGGUGAUUUGACCUAUGGUCGACAAGUUGCAAUAUAUUUACACCGUUGUGUCGAAGCUCCUGUUCGACUUGCUGCCUGGAAUGCAUUAUCUAAUUCUCAUGUCCUUGAACUUCUUCCACCAUUGCAGAAAUGCCUGGGUGAGGCUGAAGGAUACCUUGAACCUGUUGAGGAGAAUGAAGCGAUUUUGGAAGCUUAUGUGAAGUCAUGGGUGUCUGGUGCCCUUGACAAAGCUGCAACUCGAGGAUCAGUCGCAUUCACAUUAGUUCUGCAUCACCUUUCAUCUUUUGUUUUCAGCUCUCAUAAAAGUGACAAGCCAUUGCUACGGAAUAAGCUUGUGAAGUCUCUACUGCGAGACAAUGCCAGGAAGAAGCAGCACGAGGGAAUGAUGCUGCAGUUCAUCGAAUAUAUGAAGCCAUCGAGUGUUACAAAGGCCGAAAAAGAGGAAGGUUUGACAAUGGAGAGUAGCAAUGUAGAGGGAAGGUUGGAAAGACUGAAGGAAGCUUGCGAGGGAAAUCCCUCUCUUCUCACACUUGUUGACAAACUUAAGUCUUCUUGUCUGAAACAAUAGUUUGUCUUGUGACCUACGCAAUUUGUAUAUUGGAACGCAACACAGUUAAACAUAAACCUUCUUUAAGAAAAAACGAAAUAUUUAUUUCAGUCACAUAAGAAGUGUGUAUACGAGUAUAGUUCAUUCUUGGAUUGAUGAUUUGACAAAGGAAAUUCAUUACUAAUUAAAAAUAAUAAUUUAUUGGUCUUUUUCUUUUGUCGGAAAAA